AUGCCAGGCCGUACGAGCCGUAUAGGCUCUGAUGGGGCUGGGCCUUCCCAGAGGAAGCGUUCGCGGCGCACAAUGGAAGACGCGUCCGUUGGCGAUGAAGACAUGGAGGUUGUCGCGAUAACGGAGGCAAGCUCCUCAUUGCAGUACUCUUCCGUUUCCAAGCGAGUCCGCAUCUCCGAUGUGAAUGAGGAUUUUGUACGCCGACGUUCUGGGCCUCUGAAAUCUCAACAUGAAAACACCCAAGACGAGCAGGAGAAUUCUAUCCUUACUGAUGGGGGUGAUUCGGGCGCGAGCGAUGACGCAGACUCAGAGGAGGACGCCGGCAGCGUUGAGCAAGACCGAAGUACCCUUCAGCCCGACGACGGUCCUCCGGAGCAGCAGGCAGCCUCACAGUACGAGCUAAUGCGAGACAUGGGUUUCGAACACCUCCUCCACGAAGAGGAGGACGAUAUGGUCGCCACGCAACGGCUUCAGCAACGUGCACAGCAGAACGCAACAGUCACUGCCGAUAUAAGUGGUGAGAAUCGCAGAGCUGAGAAUGGCAUUAUCGAGCGCGUCACUUGUGUCAACUUCAUGUGCCAUACAAGAUUGGAGUGCGAGCUCGGUCCGCUGCUGAACUUUAUCGUGGGCGAGAACGGUAGCGGUAAGAGCGCAAUUUUGACAGCGAUCACACUCUGUCUGGGGGCCAAGGCAAGUGCAACGAACCGAGGAGGGAGUCUGAAAAACUUCAUCAAGGAAGGCGAGGAGCGCGGGAUCUUGGCCGUUCGGAUCAAGAAUUGUGGAGAGGAUGCUUAUGAGCAUGACGUAUACGGAGAUUCCAUCAUCGUGGAGCGGCAUUUCUCCAAGACCGGCACCAGCAGCUUCAAGCUAAAGUCUGCUACCGGUGGGCUUAUCUCGAACAAGCGCGCCGAUGUUGACGAUAUUGUAGAGUACUAUUAUCUCCAAGUCGACAACCCUCUGAACGUGCUCUCCCAGGACAACGCACGCCAGUUUCUCAAUAGCUCAUCAGCGUCACUGAAGUACAAGUUUUUUGUCCAGGGCGUGCAGCUUGAGCAACUGGACAAGGACUAUCAACUGGUUAAGCAGUAUCUCGACGCUCACGAUGAGCGGAUACCGCAACUGGAGGAACAAGUCAGACGGUUGAAGCAAAAUUUCGAAGAAGCGCAGAAAUUGCACAAGAUCAUUCAGGACAACCAGGACAUGCGGCUCAAGAAACGUCUCUACACGAACCAGCUGGCAUGGUCGCAGGUCGUGGAGCAGGAGCGUAUCUUGGAAAUGUGCGAACAAGCGGUGUUGGAAGCCGGCAAUAACAUCACUGAGGCCGAGGCGGUGCGAGACGCCGCAGCACAGAAGCUCGAGAUCGAGGACGAUAAGCUUCGGCGGACAGAAGAUACGCUCUCGACACUGGAGGCGGAAGACGGCAGCUACAAGGAACGGGUCGAGCGAGCGACGGAAGAAUAUGACGCCUCAGUCAAGGAGCUGCGAGGCCUGCACGCCGACGAGCGGGAUAUUCACAGUCGCCUGAAAGCGGCCGCAGACCGUGCCAAGGAUCUGGAUAACAAAAUACGGGAGGAACAACAGCGACUUGAGGAUGCCAAUGGCAAUGUGCACCGGGAGAUGCAGGCUCGGCACGAUGGUGCAAAGCAGAAGGUGGAGGACAUUGCGCAAGAUCUCGUACAUGAACAAGAGCGCCUUCCCCAGCUCCAAAAGAACUUUGCAGCCGCGCAGGUAGCGAGCCAGAAACUGGCCACCGACGUGUUUCGCAAAAAUGAGGACGUCAGAGCGAGAGAGGUACGCAUCCGCAGCCUCGAGCAGAGCCGUGGCUCCUUGUCCCAGUAUGACGCCUUCGAUCCUCGGAUGGCAGAGCUCGUGGCUAUGAUCGAGCGGGACGGACGGUUCUUGCGAAAGCCAGUCGGUCCUUUGGGCUCCAAGGUGCGCGUGCAGAAGCCAAUUUGGGCACCGAUCAUGGAGAAGACGUUUGGAAGCGCACUGAACGGGUUUAUCGUGACAAGCCAAGACGACCAGCAACGCCUCAGCGGUCUGAUCAAGCGGCUGAAUAUGGGCAACAUCCCCGUAUUCAUUGCCAACUCGCGGCCUAUUAACACAGAGGGCAAGGAGCCCGAUCCGCAGUUCGACACAAUCCUCCGGAUCCUGGAAUUUGACGACGUGCUAGUCCGGGACCAGUUCAUCAUCAACAACUACAUCGAGCAGGUGGUUCUCGUGGAAGACCGCAAGAAGGCACAGCAGGUCAUGUUCAAUGGGGCAGUCCCCCGCAACGUGGUCGCAUGUCUGACACUCCACGACAAGAAGCGUGGCGAGGGUCUGCGUCUUACCAGCCGCGGAAACGGGAAUGUGAGCACGACACCUGUGAUCCCUGUCCUGUCGCAGCGGCCACGGAUGAAGACGGAUGUUGGGAGCCAGAUUGCCGUCCAGACCGACAUUCUCGCACAGAACCGGGAGGAGCUGCAGGCUCUCAAGAUGCAGCUGAACGAGCUCCAACAGGAGGAGCGGCGCUGCGAAGCUGAGAUCGGGACACAGAAGCGGCGGCUGGAGACGCUAAAGAGGGCAGAACACGCAGCGAGCGCGGCGCUGCGACAGGCCGAGGAAGAGCUGGACAGAUUUGACGGUGCGGACGGCCGGCUGCAGGCAUUGCAGGAAGAGCUAAAUACUGCCAAGCAAGAGAAGGACCAGUUCGGCGGGCAGUACGGCGACGUCAACGUGAAGAAGAACCAGCAGAGCGUGGAAGUGGAGAAGCUGAAGCGGAAGCUGGAGGCCGAAAAGGAAGAGCGGAAGGAUUUCCGGGCCAAGAUCGAGAAGUCGAUGCGGGUGGUGGAGAAGAUGCGAGACCUGCGGCGAGUGGCUCUGGUUGCGAAGAACGAGGCGUUCGAACGAAUCGGGCUGCUGGAGGAGCGAAAGGAGGCGGCAAGUCGGAAACGCGACCGACAGGCAGAGCAGGUGGAGGACUUUGCGAAGCAGGCGGCGACGGUGAGCCCGAAGCGGGUGGAGAUUCCAGAGGGAGAGACGUUUGCGAGCGUGGAGAAGAAGCUCGAGACGCUGGUGAGGCAGCUGGACGUCCGACGGCGCAAGGUGGGCAUGACGGACGAAGAGGCCAGCAACCGGGUGGUAAUGACGAAGGUGGCAUACGAGAAGAUCAAAGACAUCUGCGACGUGAGCAAGGAACACGUGCAAGCGAUCAAGAAUGCGCUGGUCAAGCGGCUGGAGAAGUGGAGGGAGUUUCAGCGCUACAUCUCGGCCAACUCGCGGACGAGCUUCAUUUACCUGCUGUCGGAACGGGGAUAUCGUGGCAAGCUGCUGCUGGACCACAAGAACAAGAAGCUGCAGGUGCAGGUGGAACCGGACGACACGCGGCGGACAGUAUCGGGUCGCGACACGAAGACGCUGUCGGGCGGCGAGAAGUCCUUCUCGUCCAUCUGCUUGCUCCUCUCGAUCUGGGAGGCGAUGGGGUCGCGCAUGCGGUGUCUGGACGAGUUUGACGUGUUCAUGGACAAUGUCAACCGCGACGUGAGCACAAACAUGCUGGUGGACGCUGCUCGCCGGUCAGUAGGCCGGCAGUACAUCUUCAUCACGCCCAAUGCGAUCCAGGGCAGUGCCAGACACGCGCCCGACGUCAAGAUCAUCCGGCUGACGGAUCCAAGACAGCGGACGCUUGACGCAUGA